CUUGUUUAUUUCAUGUGGGCCUCACUCGAUUCGCUCUUCUUCAUCUGCUGAUUCCCUUUUCUGCUCUCUUCUGCGCGCUUUUAUUUUGUUACAACAAACGCCUCCAUCAUCCCAACCAAACCCUCACCAUUAUUAUAUCUCUCACCGCACCACCAUUUUUCUUCACUCGUACCCAUUCUCUCCUUUAAGUAUGUCUUUACAACUCUAUUUCUUGGUUUUCAUAACAUUUAUGAUCCGAGAAGCAAAUCAGCUACACAUACAUUGUCUGGCAAUGUUCAGAGGCAACAACAGCAACACUGCUGCCCCGUCUUUUCUUGAAAAUCAUCUUCAAUACCCGGCAGAUGUCCCAAAUCAGCUGCAAUUAUGUGGAAACUUACCUGUGGAAUUUCAUUCUGACCCUGUAAAUUAUCUUGGAAGUAACAGCGACACUCCAUUCCUCCUGUCGAAUAAAUGUGGCAGGGAUGCUGAAGCCAUUCCGAGGCAGCAAAAAUUUCCGUUUUCAUUAAGCAAUAAAACUUCAAAUGAUGAAUCGGAGAGAAGAGCCAGCACGUUGAACCUAAAUCCUGUGUCCACUGGUUUAAGACUCUCUUAUGAUGACGAGGAGCGGAACUCCUCUAUCACUUCUGCAAGUGGAAGCCUGACAGCAGCAUCCUCAGUUUUUCCUUAUCUGAGCAAUGACAUCAAAAGUGAACUUGAUCAGCAAAAGGAAGAACUCAACCACUUUAUCAGAACUCAGGAAGAAAAUAUGGUAAAAGGGGUCCAAGCCAUGAGGCAGAGACACAUGGCCUCUUUCGUGACUGCCCUGGAGAAACGAGUAAGCAGAAAGCUGCGCGAGAAAGACGUUGAGCUGGAGAGCGUAACCCGCAGAAACAAAGAACUGGUCGAGAGCAUGAAGCAAGCAACGAGUGAAGCCCAGAACUGGUGCUAUAUGGCCAAGUACAACGAGUCAGUCGUGAAUGUUCUGAAAACCAAUCUCGAGCAAGCCAUGCGGGGGUCAAACGCAGGCAAAGAAGGGCGUGGAGAGAGCGAUGCGGAUGAUGCUGCGUCUUGCAUUGAUCCAAACAACUACCUCAGCGUCUCUGCUCCCGCGAAGAAAGACAUCAUCUGUAAAGCUUGCAAAGGCAAGGAGGUAUCCGUUCUGCUAAUGCCGUGUAGACAUUUCUGUUUGUGUAGAGAGUGUCAAGCCUUUGCUACUGUUUGUCCUGUCUGUCAGAUGAUUACAACUGCUAGUUUCGAGGUCUAUCUAUCUUGAAUAUCAAUUAAAUAUUUAACUUAUCUUAAUAGGAAUACUCAGUUCUCUAUA